CAUGAUUCCAUUAGUCUGCAGCCAGACCCUGAGGAAGACAAACAUAGUCAUGCAAGUCCUUUAACAGAAGAUAUAAUUACUAAAGAGACUUUUAAGGACUGAACUUCUUUUUAGCUAGAUUAGAAAUUAAUUUGCAUGCUUUGGUAAUUUUUCAUCUUCAGAAUGAUUGCAGUCAUCAGUAAGAUUGUUCUUUGUAACUGACAUCGAGAGAUAAGUUGUAGCUUUACAGAGGAAAAAGAGCAGAGUACCAACACGGAUCACCCUCAGCGCCACCAGUGCAGUCAUCCCAACCAGGACCCCAUCGACAGACUACCACCAGGAAAGCGAGAGGUCAUGGAGAAGUAUUUUAAACCGGUUCAGAGCCCAGCUGAGCUGGAUGAGCUCAAGCCACGGAAAAUCCACCAUCAUCGCCACCAUCACCUUCACCAUAGCCAAGAUACUCAGUCACACAGGUACUCAAAGUUUGAUGACACUGACAGGAACACAGAUGACAGCCGAGGACAGCCUCGCCACCAUCAGCACAGUCACUAUCUCCAUGAAAGCCCUCGCCACGAUGCUCACUAUCGCCGUCAGUUUCACCACAGUGAAGAGGAUGAGAUCAUUUACGACCAUGACACCCCUGUAACUCUCUCAAGGGCUUCCUCUUCUUCCCUCUCAUCCUCAUCCUCUUCCUCCUGGUACACAGAGUCAAGCGCAAAUGAUCCUUUCACUCUUUCCCAUGCUGAGCGCCCACAGCAUUCUCUGUCCUGCUCCAAUAUCCCAGAUGUGCGCAUAGGUUUCCGGGAAGAUGAAUGCAGUGAGCCCAUUGUCUUCGCUACCGUCAAACACAGCAAAAAAGGCAAGCUGCUUCAUGAAAGCUCACAGCAAAGAGGGAACACUGGCUUUUCUGCUCUUGACAGAGGUCACAGUCGAAGCGAUGAAGCCUUUUUUCAGAGUAAUGAUAGUGGUGGAAGAGAACAAUCUAAGCAAAAUAACUAUGGGCCUUUGUAUAAGUCAGCUAGUUUGAACCGAUGUCUGGCUUUCAGUGAGGAAAACAUUCUUUUAGGGGUCUCCGGUGCCCCCAAGAGAGCAGUAUCUUCAAACCAGCUACCCAGCAAAGGGAUCCUCAAGAAGAAGGAGACUGAUACUGACAUUCGUAAGACUAAAUCAAUGGAGGUGUUGUCCCCAAGAGUUGCUAAAGAACAACGUCCUGGGCAGAAGGGUAAAGAAAUUACUCAAGCUAAUACAGAGCAAGCCAGGGCCAAUUUUCUGCAGGAGAAAUUACAGUUCUCUGCGUUUCUAGAUGAGAUUACAAAGAGCGUUAUAAGUCCAUCGUAUCUCACCAGCUUGGGUGUUAAUAAUAAUAAAACUCCUGCAAAAACAUCUGCCUCAGCCCCCACAUCUAACCCAGUUAAGCCUCAGCUCCCACCAAAAAAAAACAGAAAAGCCCCAGAGGAGAAGACGGGUCAGCAUCCCAAACUGGCCAGCAGACAGGAGAAAGCACCUUUUAGUAGUUCUCGAAAACACUCAGACUGCUCCGAUCCUGACAAACUGAUUUCAUAUGCCAUGAGGAACCACCACGGUAGCCCACCGCCUCGUCACCACCCGCACUCUGCCAGCCAAAGCCCACAGCACGGAAGCAACCGUAAGGACAGGAGGCCUACAUCAGGAGACAGAUUUGGCAGAGGUGGCCCUCACCUCACCGAUGAAACUAGCACCAGCCCUGAAACCAGUCAGUCCAAACAACUCCACCACCACCACCACCACCACCAAAAACAGCAGCAUAGCCAGCAUCCACAUAACCAGCACUUCCACCAACAGUCCUAUCCAGACUCUGGUCACCAAGAACCGAGCAACUCGCCUCCAACUUCAGCCCAAGGUGCAGAGGCAGGGGUCGGAUCUGAGUCUUCAUCCACAAAAUCAGAUUCAUCCAGGGCCAGGGACACAGCCUCCACAGCUACCAGCCACAGCUCAGAUCAGAGUGGUCGACAUCAGCCACAACAUGCUGGGCACUCUCAGCAGCACAGGGAUGUGCUGUGUGAGGCUGACCAUCUUCAGGCACUGCAGGAGGAGAAUGCCGAUCUCCACCAGAACUUGCUGCAGACAGUGGUUUGCAUUGAGAGCCUGGAGGCAGAGCUGCAGAGGACCAGAGACGAGCUCAGUCAUGUCAAGGAGAAAUACAAAAGCCUUCUGCAAACACAUACUGGGACCAAGCAGGCCAAUAACUUGCUGGGGGAGCACCUGCACAUAGCGUCCGAGAGCUUGAGCAGUGAAAGGAAGUACUUGCUUAAUCGUGUGUCCAACCUGAGCUCAGAGCUGGAAGACGCCCACAGGACCAUUGCAGCCCUGGAGAACAUUAAUGUGCCAUGCUUGAUAAAGGAACUACUGGAGAAGCAUUUUGAUUCCGCUGAGGCUGUACAGAAGUUUCUCACAACCUCUGCUGCAAACAGCCAUUCUGCCACCGCUCAGCAAACAGAUGGCCAGCCCCACCCUCCUAAAGCAGACAAAGCAGCACAUGAUUGGCUGACUAAACCAGAGGCAGGUCCACAGAGGGUCACAGCUUUCACACCCUUUAAACAGAGUGUACCAGCAACAGGAAAUGAGUGCGGCCUCUCGGGUCAGCAUGAGCCGAGCCACAGCCUGCCUUUCUCUGUGGCUGAGAUCAGCACUGCUAUCUAUAAGAAAAUGGCUGCCAGUUAUGCUGCCAGGCCACAGCCUAUCUACCCCCAAAGCCAACAGCAGUCCUCUUUGGCCACUAAUCAUGCUGACACCCUUCCAGACCUCAGGCAGGGCCAUGUAGCUAGUGAUAACUGGGCCGGGAAGGAAGAGUUAAAGGUAACUCUUUUGGAGCAGGACACUGAUGAUGUGAACUCUGUGUCAGCCCAGCAGAUCCUGGAUGAUUUCAUGCAGCACCUGCAGUUACACAAGGAGGCUGGUGAAAGGAAGGAGCAACAGAGUGGGCAGAGGUGUAGGGCAGAAGUAACAGAGUGAAAAUGCCACAGGCACAGUUGACGCUCAUCUUAAUGCUUCGAAAUGUGCAUUUAUUCAUGUGUCUCAUGAAUAUCUGUCAGGUGGAAAUACUGUAUUUUGAAAAUGCUGUGGUUAAGAAAACUUGAACAUUAUGUUAUUUUAGGCUAUCUGUGGGCAACAAAGGAGGGCUUUGCAUAAUAGUCAGAAGAUUUUCAUACACAAAAAGAAAGAAAGAGCCACAGCUACAUAAAAAACGGAGAAAAAUUCCAGUAAAAUAACAAAAUAACCAUUUAUUUUAUUAAAAAUAUGCUUUAUGUAUAAGUUCUGUAGUAUUAAUUUACUGUCUAUUUUUUAUUACCUUUUAGUUUUCUUCCAAAUUGAUAGUGCAGGCAAAAGGUCAUGGGGGUAGCUGGAGCCUUUCCUAGCAGAUAGAUCACCAGUCUGAUGUAGCACUGACACAGAGAGACAACUAGGGCCAGUUUAGAAUCACCAGUUCACCUAACCCCACUAAUUGCACGUCGAACCUUCUCGCUAACCACCUCGUCACCAUGCUGCCCACUUUAUACAGACUACAGAAGCGUUUAAUUGUCUCUGAUAAUAGAUUAUUGACACUGAUGGGAUCAAAUGC